AACAUUACCAUUACAAUCUAAUAAUCAAAAACUCCACUUCAAUCCUGAGAAGCAAGACUAUCCCUUCUCUUUCGCCAUUCGUGACGUCAGAUACAACGUCACCCGGGUCCUUUCAGCCAUGGGAAACCAACUGCGGUUGUGAAGUAUUGUACAAUUUGUUCGCUAGGUGGCUGAUUCCCCAUUUAAAACUCACAUUUCUCGCUUCCUGGAUGUCGUUGUUAUAAAUUAAAAUUUGUAUUUGUUCUUGGUGUUGGAGUUUGAUGUGGUGGUGAAUGAUGCCGCAGCCAAAAUCUCGUAAAAUGGCUAUCCUGGGGUACCGGUCUGUGGGGAAGUCUUCUUUAACAAUUCAGUUUGUUGAAGGCCAGUUUGUUGACUCUUAUGAUCCAACCAUAGAAAACACAUUUACAAAAAUGAUCACAGUAAAUGGCCAAGAGUAUCACCUCCAAUUGGUAGACACAGCAGGACAGGAUGAAUAUUCAAUUUUUCCUCAAACAUACUCCAUAGAUAUUAAUGGUUAUGUUCUGGUAUACUCUGUCACAUCAAAUAAAAGUUUUGAAGUUGUAAAAGUAGUCCAUGAGAAGUUGCUGGAUUUGGUGGGAAAUGUCCAAGUACCUAUCAUGUUAGUUGGAAACAAGAAAGAUCUACACAUGGAGCGGGUGAUCAGUUAUGAAGAAGGGAAGGCAUUAGCAGAUUCCUGGAAUGCAGCUUUUAUGGAAUCUUCUGCAAAAGAAAAUCAGACUGCAGUUGAAGUUUUUAAAAGAAUAAUUUUGGAAGCUGAAAAGAUGGAUGGCAGUGCUUCACAAGGAAAAAUAUCCUGCUCUGUAAUGUAACUGAUUGUGUUAAACCAUAAGGGAGAACACUUGGAAUUCUACUUGAAAAGGCAUCAGUACCUUUUUCUUUAAAACAAAUAAAUAAAGGAACUAUGCUUUUCUUUUUUAACCAGAUAUAAAUAAAUAUAUAUAUAUAUAUA